AUGCGAAUUUGGAGUCCCAGAAAAAGCAAAAAUGUUAUUGGUAGAAUAGUCAGUCCUAAUCCAUGUGAAGGUGAGAGGUAUUUUUUAAGAGUUUUGCUAAAUCAUAUUAGAGGGCCAAAAUCUUUUAAAGAUUUAAAAAAGUCAAUGGUAUUGUUUUAUCUACUUAUUGUGGAUCAACACAUUCCCAUGGUCUUCUUAGUGGAAAUAGCUAUUCUGAAACGUGUUUAUCUGAGGCAAUUGCUUACCAAAUGCCCAUAUCACUGUGGCGACUAUUUGUCUUGCCCUACAAAUCCAAGGAAUUUAUGGGAUAAAUUUAAGAAUUUCAUAAUAGAAGAUUAUUUACAUAUAGAUUUUAAUUUAACUAUGAAUGAUGAUGAUACCUUUGAAACCAUGACUGCUGAAGAAACAACCAAUAUUAAUUUUCAGUCAUACAUACAUUAUAGAGAUGCUGAAAAAACAUAUUUGUACAAGACAUUACUUUUUGGUGUACGAUCUCAAAAUCUUAUCGCACUAACAACGUCAUCAUUAGGUGUAGCUGCAUCUUUAUUACCAGUGGGUAAACAGUCUGCGCUUGGUAAACUUUUAGCAUUGGCUUGGCUAAUAAUCUGGGAUGAAACACCAUUGGUUCAUAAAUAUGCUUUUGAGGCUUUAAAUAAAAUGUCAAGAGACAUUACUGAAUGUCAAUUACCAUUUGGUGGAAAAGUCAUUGUGUGUGGAGGAAAUUUUCGACAAGUUUUACCGGUAGUACAAAGAGGAUCAAAAUACGAUAUAAUGAAGUUAGCAUUAAUCGAAAAUAUGAUAGCUAAAUUAGAUCCUUCAUUCUCUGAAUAUUUGCUGAAGAUUGGAAAUGGAAUAGAGAGAACACAUUCAUGCCAAAAGAUUACACUUCCUGAAGAUAUUACCAUCAAUUUUGAAGAUGAAUUUAAAUCAUUGAAGGAAUUAAUUGACAUUCGAUAUCCCAGUUGUGAUGUAGAGAAUCAUAGAGCCGAACAUUUUGCACAUAUCUUGGUAGAUGGUUCUUGCAAACCUUCCUGGUAUAGAUUUCGAAAAAAUAUGGAUACUGAUGUUAAGAUUAAAAUAAUGUGA